UCUUUUAUUAUCAGACUUUUUUUGCUCUUAUUAGAUAAAUAACAAGAUAAUAUCUAAAGAAUAUCUACUAUGAAUAGAAAUAAUGAACUCGAAAAAGAAGUCGGUUAAGCAGAAGCUUUCGAAUGGAAAUGGAGCAGCGGCUGGAUGCUCGCCAGAUACAACUUUAUUACACCAGUUAGCAUCCAGAGGAGAAAAAACUUCUUUGGUAAAACACUUAAACGGGGACGGAAUUAAAGAUUUAGAUGUUGCCGAUAAAACUGGUAAAACACCUUUAAUGCAUUGCAUCUUAGGGGAGUGGAUUGACUGUGUUGAAGUUCUGUUAAAAGCUCAAGCGAAUAUAAAUAAGACUGACAUGUCGGGAAAAAAUGCUCUUCAUUUUGCCGUUCAUAAGGGUAAUCUCAAAUGUGUAAAGCUAUUAUUAUCAAAGGGAGCGAAUUGUAGGACUACAGAUAACGAAGGCUUGAAUGCUUUACAUAUUUGUGCCAGGCAUACAAACGCAAAAUGCUUGAAUCUUAUACUUAAACAUUUACAACCUGGUGAAAUAGACGUUCAAGACUUAAAUAAGAGAACUGCCCUCCACUGGAGCUCUUACCACGGCCAUCUAGAACCAAUUAAACUAUUGCUCAAACACGGUUCAAACGUUCUCAUACCAGAUAUACACGGCAAAACUCCGUUACAUUUUGCAGCGUCUGCCAAAGGACCAGAGGCUGGAGAAUGUGUUAAAUAUAUACUAGAUAGCCAACCUAGUAUGAUUAAUUGGCAAGAUUACGAUGGUAGAACAGCAUUACAUUUAGCUGUAUCGGAGGGAGUUGAAAUUGUUGUUCAAAUCCUUAUAGCGAAUCCCCAAUGCAAAAUUUCGGCAAUGGAUAAUCUCUUUCGGACACCUCUUCACUGGGCUGCCGUUUUAGGACGUCAGAGUAUUAUAAAGAUGCUUUUGGAACAUAGUGCUGACUAUGGUAUGACUGACUCUAAAGGUGCUACUGCUUUACAUUAUUGUGCUAAAAACAAUUACUCGGAGUGUGUUAGUGCCCUGUUGAAAGGUGGCAUUGGUGGUGGUUCAAGCAUUCUUCGGGAUGAACAAGAUAACGAAGGAAGAACUGCAUUAAUAUGGGCUGCUGGGCAUGGGGCUGAUGAUGCUCUUGUCUGCUGUAUUGCUGCUGGUUCAAAUAUAUUUCAGGCUGACAAGCAUGGUGCUACAGCUCUCCACGCUGCCGCUCAGAAUGGUCACGCCUCAACUGUAAAAUUACUACUAGCUCAUGGAUCUGAUAAGAAUGCAACGGAUCUUUUAUAUUUAACACCGUUAUUCCGUGCUUGCGAAUACGGUCAUGAACACGUUCUUCAAGUCCUGUUUGAAAAUGGUGCAAAUAUUGAAAGUAAAGACACCGAUGGUAGGUCAGCACUGCAUUGGGCAGCCUUAUCUGGUCACGCCCACAUAUGCUCGAAAUUAAUCAAAUUCGGAUUAAAUCCUGAUGUAGUUGAUAAAUCAGGCCGCAGUCCACUGCAAUGUGCUUCGUACAGUGGUCACGUUAGCUGCAUUCUAGUUCUUAUUGAACAUGGUGCAGAUCCUAAUUGGCAAGAUCACGAGGGUAUGACGUCAUUACAUUGGGCUUGUAGUAGGGGUCAUGUAGAAGGCGCAAAACUACUUUUAGAGUUUCAAGCUCAUUUAAAUCAAAUGGAAUUAAGUGAUGAUAAAUAUACACCUUUAGAUUACGCUUUGUUGGAAAAUCAUGAGAAAGUUGCUCAAUUUCUUAUAGAACAGGGAGCAUUAUCAAUAAGAGGUAUACAGGAUCUAGCGGCUGUUAAAAUACAAGCAGUAUUCAGAGGCUAUAGACUACGUAAGACAUUCAGCGAGAGGAGGAAAUUAAUGAUUGAACACGAGAAACUUAUGAAAGAAGCAUGUAGGAAGAAGAAAACAGUUGAAGAGAAUUGUCAACUAGCCAACGAAGGAGACUUUUAUCGUAUUGAUAAGCAUAGCAUUGAAUCUUUAAAAAAUCGUUCAAGAAUGAAUGAAAACGUAAAAACAAUAGAUAAAUGCAAAACAUUACAUACGGAUGAUAAAGAUUCAAUAAAGGAAGCCGCCGCUUUGAUUAUACAAUACGCUUGGAAAAAAUACUUAAGGUUUCCAUUUUUGUUUCUUCAAUAAUUAUUUGAUAAAUUUUACAUCCUUUUACCUCGUCAUCUAUUUUUUAUAAGGAAGAAGAGAAAGCAAAUAAAUCGACACUUAAGUAUGGAUAAAAGGAGUAGGCUGAACGAGGAGGAUACUACAGUAAAAUCUGCAAGGAAGAAAGAUUUGCAAAAGUUAAAAUAUGUAUGCUUAAAGGAUUGAUAAACUGUUUGCUAUAAAUCUUAUAUAUCCAAAGUCUAUUAGGGGUAUAGCUUCUUCAAUGGAAACAAAGUAAUAACGAUAAAUCAUUAUAUUCGCCUAUGUGUCACUACAGUCUAUCUAACAAAGAGAUACCCUUUUUUAAUACUCGUAGAACAUUCACUCUCUUUCCCCAUCCACUUAACUAUAAUAUGCCUCCUCUUCCUCCUACUCAUUCUUUCAUGUCAUCAUUUAACCCUGCCUUUCCAAAUAUAUACUGCUAUGGAAAAAGAGUACUGUUAUUCAUUGUGCCUGUUUUUUUUUAGGAAUAAAUUUGUUGAUAUAUUUAAUUGAUAUU